UGACCAGCUGCCAGACAGUCAGACAGGCAGCCAGCCUCCUCACUACAACCAGCACUACUCAGCGCCGCAGUCACAGCAGCAUCUCAUGCCUUCACCUGCUCCAGGAGAGACAGCCGUCCAUCUGUCAACCCGUCCGUCCAGCCAAGCAGCCAGCCGGGUGGGAGCCUGAAGCGUUCAGAUGAAGAUGCUGGAAAACGGGAGGAAGGUGUUCAAGGAGGGUCUGCUGGAGAAGCGGAGCGACGGGCUGCUGCAGCUCUGGAAGAAGAAGCACUGCGUCCUGACCGAGGACGGCGUGCUGCUGCUGCCGCCCAAGCAGCACGACCAGCCGCAGCACCAGCAGCCGCACCACGGCGGCGCGGACGCGGGCAAAGUCAAGGAGCUGCACUUCGCCAACAUGAAGACGGUGGACUGCGUGGAGCGGAAGGGCAAGUACGUGUACUUCACGGUGGUCAUGACGGAGGGGAAGGAGAUCGACUUCAGGUGUCCGCAGGACGAGGGCUGGAACGCGGAGAUCACCUUGCAGAUGGUCCAGUACAAGAACCGGCAGGCGAUCCUGGCCGUCAAGUCCACCCGGCAGAAGCAGCAGCUGCUCGUCGUGCAGAUGCCCGGCCAGAAGACGGUCCGCAGCUCGCCAAACGUUGCGUGACCCGCGGCGUGUCCCGCGGACAUUGGUGCGCCAUUAGCGGUACAGCAAAAGAGAAAGCGAGAGUGAGGGGGGGCUCCUCAGGUCCGGGGACCACCUGGGGAUCCCCUUUGAAAUUAAGGACCCAUUUUUCGGUUUUGUUUUGUUCCCUGGAUAUUAGUGCCAUGAACGAGGACGUGUGUUUUCAUCAUAGGUUACAGUCAGAUCAAACCCUGAGCCAAUAUUCUUCCAGACGGGGACAACAUCGUACUAAAUGUGGAUUUAUUUUUGCGUAAAGAAAAGUUUGGGAGCCCCUGCUGUAGGCCUGCCUAUAUGUCUCCCUCAUGGAGGUGAAAUCCUCCGCAGGAAAUUGUGCUGGACAACCAUUCCGAGACAGGUUUGAUAUUUCAUACAAGGAGGGCUUCUCCUUAUCCAAAACAUGUGGCUUUACGCGCGGAGAUAAGUAGAUCUAAAUUACGCACGUCGCGUAUUUAUUUACACCAAUACUGGAAAGACGUGUUUAUAUAAUCCAUUUAAAAAUAGAUUUACAUAAGUGAAUCAAUGUUGGAAGAUGUUUAAGUCCACAGUGUGAAAGCUGAACAUUUGAAAACUAGUAAAAUAUGCCUCAGAGACUCUAAAUUAGGCGUAAAGACGCAAAGACUGCGCGCAAAUACCAAAGGCGGUUAGGUGAACCCCCGACGUUCUUCAGUUUACGCGCACACAUUGCCUUUUAAGUUUACUGACACUCUAACCUGUAUUGUAGCACAUCAGUGUGCGUCACAAGAGCCAGGUGUAUGCAGCUUUACAGUCCAGCUAAACGCCGCAGCAGCUAAUCUCACUCAAACUUGCGUUAAUCAGUGAAAUCAGAUGGCUUUUGUCUGUUUAGACAACACAUUUCCAUGCACGUGGCUCUCGGCGGCACAUGGCUAUUUGUUGUCACACUGAGGAUUCAACCCAGCAAAGCAUCAAUGGACUAAAUAUCUGCAAACAAUAUGGUCACAUAUUAUUAUUUGGUCAUUGUUAUAAAUAAUAGGCAAAAGUCCCAAACAUGGUGGAAGCACAAUUUUCCAAAGCUGAUUCUUUUCGAUGGGCUUUGGUUAAAACACAUUUUACAGAAAGAACUUAAAGGCAUUUCGACAUGAACCUGCCAUGAUAGUUAGAGUAGAUUUGACUCAUGACCUCAGUAUUUCUAAAAUCCUGGCUACAGCCCUGCUGAACAGUAGUCCUCGCUCUCUCGCUCAUGCUUACUCCUUUUAUUUAAAAAAAAAAGACAUGUAUCUUCAGUUAAAACAUUCACAUACAGUGAGGGAAUAUGAGUUGGCGUCAGUGGUUUGAUCCAGACUGUUGGAAUGAAAUGAGCAGCCUGAGGUGCCAUUACACUGGGUGUAUGUUUCAAGUGAGUCUAGAUUUCCUUUGCCUCCUGUGUCAGCCACCAUCGGCCUGCAGUCUGUCUAACUGAUUGCAUCCGCAGGUUAAUUGGACACUCAGCUGGAGAAUGAAAAUCAAGUCGGCCGCCUCACCACCGAGCUCCAUUCUCCAGGAGAACCCCGCUUCCAUGUAGUGGUUUCCACAAACCAGGCCCCCCGUCCCCCCUUUUCAACACAGAGACUUAUUUCACAAAAGACUGAUGAACAAAAAGCAUGUGAGAAAACGUCUGUAAUCUACCGUGUGGUGGGUUUAUCCCUUAUUUAUUACAUGUGUAUAUAUAUUUUCUAUAAAAAAUGUUAUGUUGUUGAUGAAUGUUCAGUGUGGUUGUUGCUAGAGCGGAACCAGAACUACUCUCUCGGAGGUUCAAAGCCCAUGUUACACACAAAGCCCAUUGGGAAUAAGCCUACAUAUAGUUAUCUUAGGAUGGUCUCUGUAGGUUAGUUAAAGCUCAUUACUGGUAAAAUGUGUCAUUGUCCAUGUUUUCAUUUUUCAACUGAACCAAAGAAUCAUUACAUUUCUCUCUCUUGUGCAGUGUCACAGCUCAGAAUAUACUAAAAUACUGUAGAUAUAUGAUGAGAUACCUGCAUGACCUAUACCUAAUUUGUUUGCUAGCUUUUAUUAAUUGCUACAGUACAUCUUAGUAUUUUUUAUUGUAUACAUCAAUCAUUGUCCAUCCUUUCAUUUGACUACAUUCAUAGAUACAAAAGCUAUCUGUUGCUUUCUUGUGAGUCUUAAAUCUGAGUAAGAUACUAGUUUUACCCUCACUUUGUUUUCAGUGGUUACAGAAAAGAGCUUAUUAAUACAGUAAGUAAGCAACAUGCACAGUGGAGUUUUUGUAUUGACAGUUUUCAGGAGCUGAGCUGCGCUAAAGACAAUUUAAUUGGUUGCAUUAAAUCUUAGUGGGCGGGGACAAGUGACCACUGUUUCCGGCUUGGUAGUGCAGUCUGAAACUGAAAGCUGGAGGAAACCAAAACUACUUCAACUUGAUUGACAACUUGAGUCUCUUGAAUAAACUGUGUAAACGUAUUGCCCCGUUAGCGACGGUGCUAGCUAGCUUGCUUACUGUCAAUUAGCAAGCUAGCUAGCUAGCUAGCUAGUCAGUGACAAAUUGGCAAAAUCACAUGCCAACGCAGUGCUGCCACAAGGUUCUGGUUCAUCGCUCUCGUGGUUUGAAAGCCGUCAUGUGUAGGAUUCCCUUCUCCGAAAGUCGCUCAUUUUCCUUGGCUACAACAUUGUGUGACAAGGGUUGGAAAGUUUUGUACACGAAAUAAAUACAUUUGUAGCUAGUUAGCUAGUGCUGUGGACUUGAGUUGCUGCCUGGCAAUGCAAGUUUGCCAACUAGCUAAAUUAAGCUAAAACAGACUCUUUGGCUCCACCCACUGACAUUGACCACAACCAAUCAGAUUAUUUCUGUCUCUGUAGCGGCUCUGCCUCUGAGAAAUGUUCAUUCUCUAUUCUGCAACUUUUACACUGCAAGGCAUGCAACGCUUUCAUGAGAAAAAGCACAGACUAACAAUGUGAUUGUUGCGAAACAGCUAAAGGUGGUGAUACACAGGGCGACAUGAAGUGGGACGUGUCAGGUAACGGUCUCAGAAAUGGCCUCAGUAUUGUUUUUUUCAUGAUGGAGGGGUGUCUUGCUCUCAGGAAACAUUUUCUUUCACUCUGGCUCAUGUUGUUUCCUGUUUGCUGGAAGUGUUUCCCACCGCUUUCCUCCCUUGCCAGUGUAUCACCGCCAAACCAACACAUGCCUCCGUGUUGUUGUCAUCUCCCACACAGGGUAAUAGCUGUGCCCUUUAUCUAAUGCGACUGGUGUGAUGCUUCUCUGACAUGCCUUCCUGUUGCCAUCAUUACAUACACAGUUAUAGCUUUGUAGCCACUGUCCAAUUUCUUAUUUCAACGUGAGAUCUAUUUUCAUACCUCGAAAAGAUACAUUCCAUUAAAGAAAACAAAAACA